AUGCUGAAACAUCAGAGAGGAGCUAUGAGAGCAGUGAUGGACAUGAGUCUGUUUGUGCUGCUUCUGCUGUCAGGACAUCUGUGCAGCGCUUCUGGUUUUCAGCGAGACUAUUACUACGUAAAUACUGAAAUGUUUUGGUCAGAAGCUCAGAGUUACUGUAAAGAGAAUUAUAAUGAUCUGGCCACUGUAGACUCUAUGGAUGAUGUGAACAAGAUGAUGAAUACAGUGAAUGAUGGAUACAGUGGAUCAGUUUGGAUUGGACUGAAGAGACCAACAACGCUCACUUGGUACGAUUAUUCAUGUGCAGCAAAUUUAGACUUUGUGUGCUAUGAUGAAACCACUGGAUACAUUUUAAUAACAGAUAGGAAAAACUGGAGGGAUGCUCAAAGUCACUGCAGACAGUAUCACACUGAUCUGGCCUCCAUCCACAGCCUUGAGGAGCAGAACCAGAUAAGGAUUGUCUCUGAAGAGACACGAUGGGUCUGGAUCGGUCUGUCAACUGAAUCUUGGCAGUGGUCUGAUCAAUGGAGUCCCUCCUUUACAAACUGGGCAGCAGGACAACCAUCUGCAUCUGGUGACUGUGUUGCCAUGUCAACAACUGACUCCGGAAAAUGGAUUCAGAACAGCUGUGAUCUUCAGUAUCCAUUUGUUUGCUACGAAGGUGACAGCGCUUCUGGUCUAUGGCGACCAUAUCACUACAUACAUCAGAGCAUGUCAUGGUCUGAAGCUCAGAGUUACUGCAGAGCGAGGUUCACUGAUCUGGCUACUGUAGACUCUAUGAAUGAUGUGAACAGGAUGAUGAAUACAGUGAAUGAUGGAUACAGUGGAUCAGUGUGGAUUGGACUGAAGAGAGGAACACAUAAACGUUGGGGAUGGUCUAUGGGAGAUGACACUUACACAAUGUACAGUCCCUGGGAGACAGGAUAUCCUAAGGAAGAAAGAAGUGGAUAUGUCAUAAGAACUAUUUUGAAAAACUGGACAGAUGCUCAGAGUUACUGCAGACAGUAUCACACUGAUCUGGCCACCAUCAGCAGCCCUGAGGAGCAGAACCAGAUCUUUAAAGCUGUAGGAGCUGACUCAGGAAAAUGGAUUCAAUACAGCUGUGACCAACAGCAUCCAUUUAUCUGCAAUGGAGCGGCUCGUUUACGGACCACUACAAAUGAUACGGGAACAGACUCACGGGUGAGCAACGUCUCCCAGACAGGGAAGCCUAGCCACGCUGUCAUUUCUUCUACCCUUAGGCUCCGACUGCAGAGAGCUGGUAAAGAACCAUCCUGGAUGAGUCAAACCACUUCCUGGAGCACCCGGAAGAAACAAGAACCUCCCGACCGGAUAUCCGACUCGUACCCUCGAGGAAAGCGGGCCAACCGGCUUACCUGGCUGAAAUAA